AGCUGUUGUCUUCUCGCAAGGUAAUCUUCGUCGUUGCUCGUCUCGACUACAUCUCUUCGCCUUCACCUGACCUGACCGCCGGCAACGCCAUGCAAAGUGGAGGAGGGAGGUGGCGGCGAUUUCCUUGUGUCGUGCGUCGAUCAUCGCCUCUCUGUACCUCAUGCUCCCUAAGCGCAUCCCCUCGCUGCUUCGACCUCGAUUGUCGGCAUCACCGUCAUCACAACGUGCCUUCAGCUCUUCAUCCAGGCUCACCAUGCGCGUGAUUCCAGUCCCAGUACGUGACGACAACUAUGCUUACGUCGUCGUCGAUACCCCGUCUGGUGAUGGGGUAUUCGUGGACCCGUAUACCCUGAGCAAGGUCCAGGACGCCGCCAAUGGCAAUGUCGAGAAUGUCGUGGGCUGUAUCACCACUCACCACCAUCACGAUCACUCCGGAGGUAACGAUGACUUUGCCAAGGCCUAUGCCAAGGCUCCUAUCUGGGCCGGCAGCCAGACGCCCACCAUGAACACGCUCGUCAAGGACGGCAGCGAUUUCAAGAUUGGCCAGUCCAUCGCCGUCAAGUGCCAUGCUACCCCUUGUCAUACGCAAGACUCUAUUGCGUUCUUCCUUGAGGAUACGCGGAGCAAUCUGCCCGCAAACGAAAUCAAGAGGGCCGUCUUUACUGGCGACACGCUCUUCGUCUCUGGCUGCGGUCGCUUCUUCGAAGGGACGCCAGCUGAGAUGCAUACCGCCCUCAACAAGGUGCUCGCCUCGCUACCCGACGAUACUGUCGUCUUUUGCGGUCACGAGUACACAAAGUCCAACGUCGCCUUCUCUGCCGGGGUUUUGCCCGAGCGACCGGCCAUCCUCCAGCUUCUUGACGAAGUACGCAAGACGAGCGUCACAACAGGAAAGUAUACCAUUGGGGACGAGAAGAAGCACAAUGUCUUUAUGCUCGUCGGUGAUGCUGAGGUUCAACAGAGGGUCGGCACCCAAGGCAAGGGCGAGAUUGAGACAAUGUCGGUGCUCAGAGAGCUCAAGAACUCGGGCAAGAUGAUGGCAAAGGUCUGA